CAUGGCGGCCGCCCGGGUGCUGCGGGCCGGUGGCUGUUACCGCCGCCACCCCCUCGCCUCCGCGUCCUCCUCCGCCUCCUCCGGCAGCGGCCGCGCGGCGGAGCGCGGGGAGCGGCCGGACAGCGUGGGCCUGGGUUUCCGUCCCCCUCCACACUCGCACAGUGACUGGAUCGGGCCCCCGGACAAGCACUCCAACCUGCGCCCUGUCAUCUUCUACGUGCCCCCCGAGGAGUCGGCGCUGGAGCGGCGCCUGCGGGAGGCGCGCCAGGAGGCGCAGGCCAGCAACCAGCGCUUCUGGGCACGGCACAACCGCGCCUUCCGCCAGGAAAAAGAAGAAUUUAUUUAUUCAAGACUGAAAGCCAAGGGUCUGGAAAUGAGAGAUGAAUCAGGUCAAAAAGCAACACUGAGUGCAGAAGAAAUGGCUGACUUUUACAAGGACUUUCUAAGUAAAAAUUUAAAAAAGCAUUUGCAGUAUAACAGUGUCUAGUAAAAAAGUGAUCAGCUUUUGAGUUUGACAAGGCAUAAAUUGAUCACCAGUCCUGGGUAGAACCUCAGCUACAUCUUGGUGAACCCACAUCCAACUCUUCAGAGCAUCUCCUGCCUUGUUUCAGUGUUACUGUGUGUACAACAACUCCAUAAACUGGACUGGGGAUCUGAAAGGGGGGAAAAAUGACUUACAAACUCACAUACCCCUGCAGGUAGCUGUGCACACUUGAAAAAGGGCUAGAAGUGAGGGAGGAAUGGGAAGGUGAAGGAAGACAGCACUUAAUCCAGGAAUGCUGACCACUGAAUGUGAAAGCACAACUGCAGUUUCCUCUCUGUACUGGAUUGGGAGAUUAUUGGGCUCAAAUAUCAGGUGUGACUGGGUUUCUUAUGGCAUAAUGCUAGUGAGAGUUCUGCCAUCACUGCAGCUGAUCUGUAACCAAUGGUGGCUUAAGUUUCUUUGUAUAUUGUCCAUAAACCAUAAAACACUGUAAAAUCCUGUAAGAACAAUUUAACUCACAAAUAUUUAAACCUACACAUCUUAAUUUGCCCAUGGAGGGUCAGGGGGAAACCUCACCAUAAUCCAAAACAACAGCAUGAAAAGAUGCAAAAUAAGAAAUUGUUUUUAGUGAAAGGAUUGUCAAUACAUUGCCUAUAAUUGAUAAGUGGGAAUGCAAAUAGUUUAUCUUAGAACUGGUUUCCAGUUGCCAUUGUUGUAGUGACUUUAGGAUAGUAUCCCAUCUUCAGGGGAAGAAAAUUCAGGCUUUGUACUUAUAUAUGACUUUCCUUGCUACUGACUUGGAAAAUCAGAUUGUGUUGGCUGCAUUGUUGUAGUUUCAAAGUGGAACUGCACAGCCCUGAAAACAGCAGAGCUUUUUACAGGCAGUCUGAUUUUGAGGGGUCAUAUUUAUAAAAAUCUGUUUAUGCAUUUAGCUGUAUGUUCUUUUGCAGUAUUGCCAGCUGGCCUGAAAACUGGCAGCUGAAGUGUUGCAACUUCUAAAAUGUAGUUAAAAUUGAAGCAAUGACUGUGCAUAGAUGCCUUGAAUAUUUAAUUCAGGGUACUUAGAUUGGAAAUAGAGUUUAGUUUUGGAAAAAAAUUCAAGAAGGAUAUAGAAAAUUAAACGUGAAAGGGGAAAAGAAACAGUUGCAAUGCUGGCAUGAUACUUUUAUUUAACAUGACAAUUGAAGGGGUAGCUCAGUGCUGCCUGUCAGUGUGAAUUUGGCUGCUGUCCUCACUGAGAGGCUGCUAUCUGAGGCUUAUGUUAGAUCGGUGCAUGCAAGGUUUGCCCCAGACAUCUCAGGAGAAGACCUAAAUCCUAGUGUUCUAGUUACAGAAUUCUAUGUAUCCUAUUGCUUCUUGUGAGCAUUUUACAACAUGGAAGUGAGAUUCUUGUUAGAAACUAGAAAAAAAAUUUGAUAUUAUUUUAAUUUGUAACAGGGGCAAAGAACUUGAAGCAAGUUUGCAGACAGAGGUUAAAAAGGGCUGAUGCAGACUAUACUGUGAAUAAUUGUAAUUGGUUCCAGAAGCCAUGCAUGAUUAAUAAAAAAUUGUUUAAAGAUAUAAAGACUAACUGACAAUAUUAAAGGCAUUAUCUUUAAAAGAUACUGCAAUAGAAGGGUAAUGUUGGGUUAUACAAUUAGCCUUUGAAGUGUGAUUUGAUUUUAUUUUUUGCCACCCUUGUAUGAGACCAACUCUGCCCUUUUUAACACAGGCACCUUUAUCCACACACAAAUUUUACCUGAAGCACAGCACUGGCAGGUAGUCCAGAUAGCUUGCUGAUCUGCUUUACUUCUGAAACAUGAGACAUGGGUUUAACUAUUGUAUCUCACCUGAUUUCAAAUGCAGUUGCAGCCAUGUAAUCCAUGUGCAGUCUGCUCCUGAAUGUGGAUAUACACAUAGACUUUUUCAUAGGUUAUUUAACUCUUAGUAGGCAGGAAAAGGGUUUCCACAAAGAACACAAUUUGGCAAUGCCAAAGGAUAUUUUAAUAUAAUUGUGUAUUUUUUUUCCUGUUCUUGUUCUGUGUGCUGAUGAUUUUCUUGGCUUUGGAA